UGCACUAGACCACUGCGCCACCCGGGAGGCUCUCUGCUGGACGCGAAGAGAAGUAUUGAAUGAUGUGUCUUUCAUCUGCUACAGUAAGUUUCCUUGGCUUACCACUGCAUCUACGGUCCUCAACGUUGCCCGUUUCUUUGUGCUUCUUCAAAAGAGCUUUGACACCACAUCUGGAAACCCCUGUCUGCCUUAAUGUCUGUCUGGGAGAGACCUGAGAGACCAGUCUGCCUUAAUGUCUGUCUGGGAGAGACCUUGCUGAUGCAGUAUAACUACCUCGUGUCUUGUUGCUGUGCUCAGUCAUGACUUUUGACAGUAAACUGUCUUCAGCAACCUCACCUUGUUAGCUGAGUUUGGCUGUUCCUGUUUCAGUUAAUGAUUUGUGUUUCAACUGUACAUAAUGGAUUGAUGAUCAUUAGCACCUGUUUGGUAUAAUUGUCUAAUCAUACACCUGACUAUAAUGCCUACAAAACCCCUGACUGUGCAAGUGUACCUAGAGGAAUUGAUGCUGUUUUUGAAGGCCACACCACAUAUGGAUUUAAUGUAGAUUAUUCUUCUGUUCACUCACUUUAUAUUUAUCAAAUAACUAAAUCUAUGAAUCCAUUUUUGAAAGCAUUUGUACUUUACAGUAUUUUUUUCACAUCUGCCUAAAACUUUUUCAUAGUACUACUACAUAUCUACAGUAUUGCGUUGCACCCCCUUUUGGACUCAACAAGGUGUCAAGUGUUCCACAGGGAUGCUGGCCCAUGUGGACUCAAGGUGUCAAGUGUUCCACAGGGAUGCUGGCCUAUGUGGACUCAACAAGGUGUCAAGUGUUCCACAGGGAUGCUGGCCCAUGUGGACUCAAGGUGUCAAGUGUUCCACAGGGAUGCUGGCCCAUGUGGACUCAAGGUGUCAAGUGUUCCACAGGGAUGCUGGCCCAUGUGGACUCAAGGUGUCAAGUGUUCCACAGGGAUGCUGGCCCAUGUGGACUCAAGGUGUCAAGUGUUCCACAGGGAUGCUGGCCCAUGUGGACUCAAGGUGUCAAGUGUUCCACAGGGAUGCUGGCCUAUGUGGACUCAACAAGGUGUCAAGUGUUCCACAGGGAUGCUGGCCCAUGUGGACUCAAGGUGUCAAGUGUUCCACAGGGAUGCUGGCCCAUGUGGACUCAACAAGGUGUCAAGUGUUCCACAGGGAUGCUGGCCUAUGUGGACUCAACAAGGUGUCAAGUGUUCCACAGGGAUGCUGGCCCAUGUGGACUCAAGGUGUCAAGUGUUCCACAGGGAUGCUGGCCUAUGUGGACUCAACAAGGUGUCAAGUGUUCCACAGGGAUGCUGGCCCAUGUGGACUCAAGGUGUCAAGUGUUCCACAGGGAUGCUGGCCCAUGUGGACUCAAGGUGUCAAGUGUUCCACAGGGAUGCUGGCCCAUGUGGACUCAAGGUGUCAAGUGUUCCACAGGGAUGCUGGCCCAUGUGGACUCAAGGUGUCAAGUGUUCCACAGGGAUGCUGGCCCAUGUGGACUCAAGGUGUCAAGUGUUCCACAGGGAUGCUGGCCCAUGUGGACUCAAGGUGUCAAGUGUUCCACAGGGAUGCUGGCCCAUGUGGACUCAAGGUGUCAAGUGUUCCACAGGGAUGCUGGCCUAUGUGGACUCAACAAGGUGUCAAGUGUUCCACAGGGAUGCUGGCCUAUGUGGACUCAACAAGGUGUCAAGUGUUCCACAGGGAUGCUGGCCCAUGUGGACUCAACAAGGUGUCAAGUGUUCCACAGGGAUGCUGGCCCAUGUGGACUCAACAAGGUGUCAAGUGUUCCACAGGGAUGCUGGCCCAUGUGGACUCAACAAGGUGUCAAGUGUUCCACAGGGAUGCUGGCCCAUGUGGACUCAACAAGGUGUCAAGUGUUCCACAGGGAUGCUGGCCCAUGUGGACUCAACAAGGUGUCAAGUGUUCCACAGGGAUGCUGGCCCAUGUGGACUCAAGGUGUCAAGUGUUCCACAGGGAUGCUGGCCCAUGUGGACUCAAGGUGUCAAGUGUUCCACAGGGAUGCUGGCCCAUGUGGACUCAAGGUGUCAAGUGUUCCACAGGGAUGCUGGCCUAUGUGGACUCAACAAGGUGUCAAGUGUUCCACAGGGAUGCUGGCCCAUGUGGACUCAAGGUGUCAAGUGUUCCACAGGGAUGCUGGCCCAUGUGGACUCAACAAGGUGUCAAGUGUUCCACAGGGAUGCUGGCCCAUGUGGACUCAACAAGGUGUCAAGUGUUCCACAGGGAUGCUGGCCCAUGUGGACUCAAGGUGUCAAGUGUUCCACAGGGAUGCUGGCCCAUGUGGACUCAAGGUGUCAAGUGUUCCACAGGGAUGCUGGCCCAUGUGGACUCAACAAGGUGUCAAGUGUUCCACAGGGAUGCUGGCCUAUGUGGACUCCAAUGCUUCCCACAGUUAUCAAGUCGGCUGGAUGUCUUUUGGCUGGGGGAUUAUUCUCGGGGAAGUGUUGAACAUGAAGAACCCAGCAGUGGUGCAGUUCUGGACACUCAACCCGGUGCGCCUGGCACCUACAGCCGUACCCCUUUCAAAGGACACUUAAAUAUUAACCCUCUGAAUGGCACACACAUAAUCUCAAGGUUUAAACAAACUUUGACCUCUCCGCUUCAACCUGUCAUUUGAAAUAAAUUCAUUAGGCCCUAAUCUAUGUAUUGGGAAUACAAAUACCUUAAAAGAUAGGUUUGUGUUUCAUAAAACCAGCCAGUAUCUGGUGUUAACACUAUUUGCCCCGUGCAGCGCGAGACAUUUGAUCAGGUUGCUGAUUGUGGCCUGUGGAAUGUUGUCUCACUCUUCUUCAAUUACUGUGAAGUUGAUGGAUAUUGGUGGGAACUGGAACACACUGUCAAUCCAGAGCAUCCCAAACAUGCUCGAUGGGUGACAUGUCCGGUGUGUAUGCAGGAUAUGGAAGAACUGGGACAUUUUCAGCUUCCAGGAAGUGUAUAGAUCACGGGGCCAUGCUGAAACAUGAGGUGAUGGUGGUGAAUGAAUGGCACGACAAUGGGCCUCGGGAUCUCGUCACAGUGUCUGCAUUAAAAUUGCAAUCGAUAAAAUGUACUGUAAUUGUGUACGGUGUCCGUAGCUAACAGAAUGCAUGACAAUACCAUAGCUCCACCGCCCCAUGAGGUUCUCUGUUCACAACAUUGACAUCAGCAAACCUUCUGCCCACAUAACGCCAUACACAUGGUCUGCGGUUGAGAAGAUGGUUGGAUGUACUACCAAAUUCUCUAAAAUUACGGUGGUGGCUUAUGGUAGAGGAAUUAACAUUCAUAUCUCUGGCAACAGCUCUGGUGGACAUUCCUGCAGCCAGCAUGCCAAUUGCAAGCUACCUCAAAGCUCCCCCAACUAGAGACAUCUGUGGCAUAGUGUUAGAUUAACAUUUUACUGACCUUUUAUUGUCCACAGCACAAGGUGCACCUGUGUAAUGGUCGUGCUGUUUAAUCAGCUUCUUGAUAUGCCACACCUGUCAGAUGGAUGGAUUGUCUAAGGAACUGGUGAGGGAAACGUUUUAGAUUAAUAUUGUAUGGCUGUGGGAUAAUGUGACUGAGGUCUUCUGCAUUGGAAGCUGCAUUAUAGGAGAAAUGCUCACUAACAGGAAUGUAAAUUAAUUUGUGCAAAACUUGAGAGAAAUUAGCUUUUUAUGCAUGUGGAACAUUUCUGGGAUCUUUUAUUUCAGCUCAUGAAACAUGGGACCAACACUUCAUGGAAUUGUGGUCCAGAUGACAGCCAAGCAUGUGCCUCUGGGCUGUCCUUUCGUGCUCUUGCAUCAUCAUAGCCAUAGACAGUAUACUAUUCUACCGUCUGCUUCAAAAAGGGUUGGAACAGCUCAAGCCUAUCCAACCACAGUAUUUCUAGUCAUUCUCAGCAAUAUAUAAGCAGGCAUGUCCUCUAUCUCUGGCUGAUAAGACUGAUCUAGUUCUGUCUUAAUGUCCCUCAGGAAUAGCCAGACAGGACAGUGUCUUAAUGUCUCUCAGGAAUAGCCAGACAGGACAGUGUCUUAAUGUCUCUCAGGAAUAGCCAGACAGGACAGUGUCUUAAUGUCCCUCAGGAAUAACCAGACAGGACAGAGUCUUAAUGUCCCUCAGGAAUAACCAGACAGGACAGUGUCUUAAGGAUCCACCCUUUUUUUUUCAAUUGUCACCUAAAAUGACAUACCCAAAUCUAACUGCCUGUAGCUCAGGCCCUGAAGCAAGGAUAUGCAUAUUCUUGGUACCAUUUAAUAUAAUAAUAUAAUAUAUGCCAUUUAGCAGACGCUUUUAUCCAAAGCGACUUACAGUCAUGUGUGCAUACAUUCUACGUAUGGGUGGUCCCGGGAAUCGAACCCACUACCCUGGCGUUACAAGCGCCAUGCUCUACCAACUGUGCUACAGAAGGACGACUGAGGAACACUGUCGUUUCUGGAAAUGUGAAAGGAACGUAGGAGAAUAUAAUACAAUAGAUCAGGUAAAAGAUUACACAAAGAAGAAAAAAUGUUUUCUUGUACCACCAUCGUUGAAAUGCAAGAGAAAGGCCAUUGUGUAUUAUUCCAGCUCAGCUACAAUUUAGAUUUUGGCCACUAGAUGGCAGUAGUGUAUAUGCAAAGUUUUAGACUGAUCCAAGCAAUCAUUGCAUUUCUGUUCAAAAUGUUGUAUCAAGACUGCCCAAAUGUGCCUAAUUUGUUUAUUAAUAUCUUUUCAAAGUUCAAAAUUGUAGGAGUAGGAGUAACAGGUUAAUCAACUUCUUCCAUGGUGCCCCAAAUCCUAAUGAGUUAAUUGUUACAUGAUUCAUUUAAUCGAGUAACAAUUAAACAGUUAGUGGGUUAAAUAAAUAACUCACAUUAAUGAAAGUCAAGUGCCGACAAUAUGCUUCAAUGUGCGUGUGUUCACAGUGCUUUGGCCGGACAAUGAUAGGUUCAGCUUGUGAUGUUAUAGUCAGUGGUGGAAAAAGUACCCAAUUCUCAUACUUGAAUAAACAUUUGAAAA